UUGAAAAAAAUUGGAAUGACAAAAUUACAAAAAUUAAAAAAAUGAUAAUUUAAUUCGUCACAUCUCAAAAAUCACAUUAAAAUUGAGGAUUCAAAAUUAUUUGUAAUUUUAUUUACAAAACCCCGUUCAAAGAAAAUGAGAACUCAUACAUUGAGCAGUGUAGGGACAGUUCUCGCAUUUCCCAAGUGGUAGCCAAACAAAGCGCAGUUGAAACUCAUCCUCUGCCUCGACCGCGAUCAUCCACUACUCUCCAUCUCCAUUUGCCCGCCGCGCUCCUUCCUCAAUCCCAAAUCACAGAGUAACGCCGUCGAGCCCUUGCCUAGUAGCUCGAAAAUGCCGUAUUUUCAGCUUUGUUUUUUCUGACUCCGUCGACAAUUGGUUUGGCAUGCUAUAUUGUUUAAUUCCUUGUUGUAAAGCUGAACUUGCACAGAUACUUUCUGCGCAAAUCGCUCGUGAAUGAACUUUUAAUAACGAAAAUAACAGAUUGAAUAUUAUUCGGAUUGCUAGAAACAAUUUUGAUAACGGCUGAAGAGGCCAAUUGAUUGAGUAUCAGUUUCCAGAGUUAAAAUGUUGUUUCUGCAUCGCUUCGUUUUCGUUUCGUCAUAUAGCAAUUAGAGAUUGUUAAGUUUAUAUUUGCACGCCACCUGCUCGACUGAAUGCCCCUUAGAAGAAAAAGAAGAAAAGAAGUAACUUAGUUUUUGUUAGAUUGGUUUCAGCCAUGGAAGAAGACAUGUCCAGUUCGCUGAGGCGGAUGUCUAUGAGAACUCGUAAGGUUGCUCCGAAAAUGGCUGCAGCCCUUGCCAGCAGUGACAAUCGGACUCAGGCAAUGCUGGCACGUCUUGAAGCUCUGGAAAAUGAUAAUGCUGGAUUCGAGACCGUGCAAGUUGAUGAUGAUGACGAAGCCUCCCUUGAUGAUGAUGAUCAAGCAUAUCAGAAGAAGCAGUCCAGAAGCACAAAGCGCAAAACGCGUCAAGCCAAAGCGCUCGAAAAUGCUAAGAAGGCACCAAGAACAUUCCUUGAGCUCUUGCAAGAGGCCAACUUGGAAUCGUUGCCUCCCCAUGUACCCUCGUAUCUGAGAGCAGCCGUGGGGCCUCCAAGCUCCACUGCCCGUCGCCAUUUCUGCACGGUGUGUGGGUUUUCUGCAAACUACACAUGUCUCCAGUGUGGGAUGCGGUUCUGCACAAUCAGGUGCCAGAAUAUCCAUAACGAUACUCGUUGUUUGAAAUUCGUUGCUUGAUUGUGAAGGGCUUGCCGGAAACUAAGCUUCACAAGGUUAUUAGAUCUGCUAUUUCAACCAUUGUUAAGGAGAGUUGUAUUGUGUGUGUGUGUGUGAGAGUGAGAGGCAAAGCAUAAUAGCACUGAGUAGCCUUUACGCAACGCAAUGUCUUACUCGAUUCCUUUGAGAUAUAUUCGAUUGUUUAUAUGUCAA